AUGAAAGUGACUUUGGCAAGAGAUGUUGUUUACAAUAUGGAGAAUGGACAGAAUGCUCAGGUUAGGCAUGGCCAGAAAUCACGCGGACAUGAAUAUUCUGCUUCUUUGCUAAUUUGCAUAGCAUGUUGAAAUAUGUAUUUAACAGUAAACUGCAAAUCAUAUUACGCGAUGUUGUAAAUCUGAGAAAACGUGAUCUGCUAAUUAGUAAGGAAGUAGAAUAAAUUAUGCCUGUGAUUUCUGGCCACAGUUUCGAAAUUUGCAUUAUAAUACUAUUUCUCCACUACAAAACAACAAAGAAGUCUAAAGGCUCGUUUACACUUGGAAUUUUUGUUGCGAUUUCUAGUGCGAUUUUCUCCUUGUGAUGCACGUGAACGAGUAGGUGAGUUACGAAUGUUCGGAGUACACAGGUACCUUCAUCUGAACAUUCAUAAUUUGUCCACUCGUUCACAUCCGUCAGAAGAAGAAAAUCGCAUUUAUAAUCGCAGCAAAAAUUGCCAGUGUAUAUAAACCAGCCUUAAGACGAUUGUGAACAUGCAUAUCGCACGAUCUAUAACUAAUUGCAGAGAGCCUGUACAUGUUCAAAUGAGCACGCUAAUAACCGAAAUUUCUCACCUGCUUAUGAUCUCACCUCGAAGUAAUUUUACUAUUAAACCGUUUCCAUCGCAUGCAUUCAGACGAGGAAGCGUCCGUCUGCGUAAACAUAGGUUUUCAUAUGAACACGCCACCCCGCUUAUAUCAUAUCGAGAUGAAAAAACAAAAAUCCGAAUUUCCAUUUUCUCGAUUAAAACAUGUUGCUAAACUUCAUAUUAAUGCACGACGGAAAUACUCGUCCCAUUGGAAGUGAACGUGACGUCUCAGUAAACUUAAUCAUAUAAACAGCCCCUAAAUAUUCGCGUUAUGUGAAUGCUGGACUGAACGACCGUCUGAUUCAAAUAUAGACAUAUUUUACACAUUCUUUGCUUACCAAUUAACCAUGUUUCACCACAGGAGUCUGCAGAAAGUGCCUUGAAGAAAAUGAAAGAUCUUGUCAAUGGGCAUGGUGGUGUAAUUGCGAUUGACAAAUAUGGAAAUUUUGGUAAGGCCUUCAAUACUGAUAAGAUG